AUGUCAAUCCCUCCACCAAAUGAUCCAUCCAGAGGGUGUUCAUCAGAAUUCUCACAGCCUCUAGGGCAGCAAGAUUUGCUUCAAGCUCAAAACUUGUUCCAGAUUGUGAACCGUGUGAACGUUGUCGAAGGAAACUUGACAGGAAUUGAGUACAGAACAGGCGACCUAAACUUUGAUAUCCGUCGUCCUGUGUUUCGUUGGGACACAAGGCCCUACCAGCAGAUCUUUGCAAAUGGCUUCCAAGCAUGGCCUCAGGGACAAACCCCCAACAACACUUACUAUAAUUUGCUUCAUUUUAUCCAACAUGCAGGUGCCCCUCUUGAUUCAAAUAGGCCUCCAACUACAACACAUGCCUUUGUGAGUACCACUCUCAACAAUGCUUGGCAACCAACCCCCUCCACCCAAGUCCUCCCACCAGGGUCUCAGAUUCAAUUUUAUCGUUAUGAAGUUUAUGCUCCUGGUGGUAUUUGGGUUGCUGUCAGCCUCAGAGAUCGGUACCAAUACGUCUCUCAAGCUGAAGUUUGCUUUGUUGGAGGCAUUGCACCUCAAUACAUUCGAUCUUGUCUCAUUUACACAGCAACACGUGAGGCUGGAUCAAGGUAUCCGAGACUGCAAAGAGAAACAAGAUUGAUAAUAAAUAGGAACUUUAAUCCAGAGUCAGCUCCAUACAAUCAAGUUGUAAUUUUUAUCCCAGUGUACUACUACAGAGAUGAGAACGGUACAAACAGAUACCUGCCCGAAGAAACUUAUCCGCCUACGAGAGAGAAAAGACAGGUCUUGGAUGCUAAUAACGAUGAUGCUCUUGUCUGGUACACUAGGAAAGUUUUAGAGGUACCAAGUUAUAUUGAUUCUGCAUUUCGUUCAUCAAGAACCAAUGAAGUUUAUUUCUUCAUGAAAAACAAGUAUGUGCGGGUGUAUUACACUCCCGGAGCAACAAAUGACAAGAUUCUGACUAAUCUGCGUAUGAUUUGUGAUGGUUUUCCAUCACUUCUUGAUACGCCGUUUGGAGAGAAUGGAAUCGACUGUGCCUUCGACACUGAAGCCAGCAAAGCAUAUAUCUUCUCUACCAAGCUUUGUGCCUACAUAGACUAUGCUCCAGGAACACUAGAUGACAAGAUACUCUCAGGUCCUAUGACAAUUGCUGCCAUGUUUCCUGCCUUGAAAAACACAGUGUUUGAGAAUGGUAUAGACUCUGCGUUCAGGUCAACCAGAGGCAAAGAAGUGUACAUAUUCAAGGGCAAUAAGUAUGUUCGCAUAGCGUAUGAUACGAAGCAGCUUGUUGGUAGCAUUCGCAACAUCGCUGAUGGGUUUCCUGUGUUGAAAGGUACCAUCUUUGAAGGUGGAAUUGAUGCGUGUUUUGCUUCUCAUGUGGCGAGUGAAGCUUACCUUUUCAAAGGAGACAAGUACGUGCGUAUGAAAUUCGUCCCAGGUACAUACGAUGACGUUCUUAUGGGUAAUGUGAGGCCUAUCCUUGAUGGCUGGCCAGUUCUUAAAGGCAUUUUGCCUCGCGACAAUAAAGGCUUUGAUGCUCAUCUUCACUCUGAUCAUGAACAAUCUUACCCUGAUCAGCAUGAUGAGCUUUGA